AUGUUUUCCACCAGAUUCAUCGCCGCUGCGGCGGCUUCUCUCUCUCUAAUGUCCUCAGUUACGGCCGAUUACAACCCAGCUUCUCAAGCGAACGUGGCUAUGUACUAUGGACAAGGACCAAACCAACAGCGCUUGGCCCAUUUCUGUGAUUCUUCAGCUGUCGAUAUCAUUCCUAUUGGAUUCAUCAACAUCUUCCCUAACUUGGCGAACGGAUUGGUUGCCGAGAACUUUGGAAACCAAUGUUGGGAUGGAAACUACACGGGUCCUGGUUACAACGGCGUCAACAACCCAAAGAAUAACUUCCUUUACAAGCAAUGUCCUCAGCUCCAGGAAGAUAUCUACUACUGCCAGACUAAAACCAAGAAGAAGAUCUUGUUGUCCCUCGGUGGUGACGGAGGAAACUACCAACUCAAUGGAGCAGCCGAUGGACAAUACCUUGCCGAUUUCUUGUGGGGCGCAUAUGGACCAUAUAACGCCUCAUGGGUUGCAAAAGGAGGUGUCCGACCCUUGGACCGUGGUCUUAGCAAUCUCGACCAAACCAAGACUAUCGAUAUUGAUGGAUUCGAUUUCGACAUUGAGCGAGCGUCGCCAGACAACCAAGUCGGUUACAUUGCUUGCAUUAAGCGACUCCGUGAACACUUUGCUGCUUACAAGGCCGCCAAGCCAUGCUCCAAGACAUACUUGAUCUCUGGAGCUCCUCAGUGUCCUCUCCCAGAAGGUAACAUGGGCAACAUGAUCGCGGGCGCCAAGUUCGAUCUUCUGUUCAUCCAGUUCUACAACAACGGUGCCAACGGAUGUACCGCACGUAAUUGGAUCACCAACAAGAACGCCGGAGGGUUCAACUACAACAAAUGGGUCGCCGAAGUCAACAAGGGUGCCAGUGCCGGUGCGAAAUUGUAUCUUGGUCUCCUCGGCUCAAGCGCCGCUGGUAACUCUGCCGACUAUCUCACAGCUCUCGAGGCUCAGUCUCUCAUCGAUGCCUGGCACGGCGCUGCCCAAUUUGGAGGUGUUAUGCUCUGGGAAGCUACCUAUGCAGAGGGCAACCUUCCUUCCAGCUUCCCGGGAAAGAACUAUUAUCAGAUUAUCAAGCAGGUUUUGAACAAGUAUGCUCCAGCCACCACUGCUCCAGCGACAGUUUGCAGCACGACAGUUUCAUCUACCCGAUCUUCCACUAGUUCAUCAAAGACAUCUUCAUCGACGAAGAUCUCCACAACAUCUUCGACAGUUAAGAGCUCAUCUACAUCGAAGUCAUCAUCGACAUCUUCUAAGGCUACGAGCACGUCGUCGUCGUCAUCUGUGAAGCCAACAAGUUCAUCGUCUUCAGUGAAACCAUCAAGCUCGUCUUCUUCGAUUAAGCCCACAAGCUCAUCAUCUUCCGUCGCGCCAUCAAGCUCAAGCUCCUCCGUCAAGCCAAGUUCGUCAUCAAUUGUCGUUUCAUCCUCGACCUCGUCUUCGAAACCAGCAACCACAAGCUCCAGCAGCAUUCUCACCUCCAAGACAGCUGCUGGAGAGUUCACCACGACAUCUUCUGCUUCCAGCGCAGUCCCAACAGCAACCGGAUGUUUCUACAAGGGAUGCUUCACCGAAGCCGAAGGCAUACGUGCCCUUUCCAGUGAUGUUCUUGCUGAUUUCGAGGGCAUGACCAUUGAGAAGUGCGCCACUUUCUGCUCAGGAUACACUCUGUACGGUCUCGAGUACACCGGCGAAUGCUACUGUGGAAACUCCUUGAACGCUGGAAGUGUCUCCGCCCCCGAGGCUGAGUGCAACCUUCCUUGCACCGGCGAUGCUUCCCAGACCUGCGGUGGAGCAAACAGACUCAAUGUCUAUGAGUGCGGAGCUCUCCCAACUUCCAGCUCCACCUCUGCAUCAGCUACAUCAAGCAUGGUUUCGAUCUCGAUUUCAGAAUCCUCAAGCAGCUCUGCGACUUCGACAAGCGAGUCAUCGAGCUCAACUUCAGAGGCAACAGUUUCUUCAAGCAGCUCCGCGACUUCGACAAGCCAGUCAUCAAGCUCAUCUUCAGAGGUAACAGUUUCUUCUAGCAGCUCGGAGACCUUUGUUACUCCUAGCAUCAGCAUGACAUUUAGCUACAGCGCAACCAGCAGUUCUGAAAUUGUCACUCCAUCGAUUAGCAAAACUUUCAGCUAUAGCGCUACAGAAUCAUCUUCAUCGACAAGUUCCGAUAUUGCUACUCCGACACCAAGCUCGAGCAGCUCAAGCGAGACCUCCAGCUCCGAGAUUGUCACUCCAACACCAAGCUCAAGCAGCGCAAGUGAGACAUCUAGCUCUGAGAGUGUCACCCCAACAUCAAGCUCCAGCUCUGAGAUCGAGACCACAUCAUGGAGCUCAUCAUCUGAGACUACUUCAAGCACAGCGUCGGGACCAGUGACAUCAAGCACCUCUGUGUCAUCUUCGAGCUUCCCAACUGGCCCACACUACACUAACUCCAGCACGAGCGUUGGACCCACCAAGUCAGGAUACCCAACUGUAGUUACUUCAAGCUCGAUUCCAACAUACAUCCCAACUUCGUCCAGUGUCACCAAGUACACAACAUCGACUGUCUGCACCACCCGUGUUGAGACCAUCACCUCUUGCGCACCAACAGUCACCAACUGCCCAGUAGGAAGUGUUACCACCAAGACAAUCCCACUCUACACUACGGUCUGCCCAGUUACCGAGACCGAAGUCAAGUCGACCAAGACACCAAUUGGUAAGCCAACAACGACUCUAGUCCCAGCAACCUACAAGCCAACAGGAUCGGUCACCAAGUACACCACCUCCACCGUGUACACCACAUCGAUCUACACCAUCACCUCAUGCGCUCCAACUGUUACAGACUGCCCAACCAAGCUCGGCCACGUAACAACCGAGAUCAUCAAGCUCUACACAACCGUGUGCCCAGUAACCGAGAAGACUCCAGUCGCCACCCCAAGCACCUAUGUCCCUAUCGAGACUCCCGUCGAGACCCCAGUUGAGACCCCAGCUUACACCGGCGUCGCUGUGCCAUCCAAGUCCUACCCAGCCGGCGGCGAGUAUGACUCCUCGACCACCACAUUGAGCAGCACCACUACUCAGUACAGGACCAUCAAGAUCGUCAAGUCGACUGCCACAAUCGUGCCUGUGCCACACACCACCCUGGCACCAUACCCAACUGGACCAGCUAGCGAGGGAUACCCAUCUGGAACAGCGGCGCCAACUGCCGUUGCCCAAGUUACUUCCUCAGCUGAGGGUGUGACUAGCACAAAGACUCCAGUGCCUAUCUACGCUACCGGUGCUGCUAGCUCUUCGCGCAGCGCUGUAGGUGUGAUGGUUGCUGUUGCUGCUGGUGUUGUUGCUUUCAUGUUGUAA